CCAAAAACGCCCGAGUUGGAUUCAUAUGCUAUUUGCAUUACCAAACAUGCUCGCUCACAUCUGCCGGCCCUCCCUUCUUAAUUGUAAUUGCCCAAUUAAUUCCUUGAUUCGAAGUAGUGCCGUAGGAUUCACAUUUUUCCUCUCCUCUUUCCCUCCCCCAAGAUUGAUAUUCAUGUGGAGAGAGAGCUCUUCACGUUCAAAAGCAUUUGUCCAGAACUUUACUCUCCCUCACUCCUAUCCAAUGCACAGAUUGCACUAGUCCUCUUUAUUCCAUUCCUUACCUCCAAAAUCAGCUAAAUCUAGAUUCAAAGGUGUAUAUAUUUAUUUAUAUAUAUAUAGCCUACAGGGUGAGUUCACGUUCACACGACUAACUGAUCCUAUAAGUCACAAGAAACAUAGCUGGUGAGAGAUACAACAUUUCAUUGCUUUCUUGAUUCAAUCUGAUUGAUGGGUUGCUCCGAAUUCUUGAUUUUGUUUUUGAAUUGAUUGAUGGGUCAGUUUUGAAAUUUUGAUUUAGUGAGAGUGAUGGGUCUAAUUCAUUGCUUUUCUUAUCCAAUCUGGGUGAUGGGGGAUUUUAGAUUCUUGAUUUGGUUGUGAAUUGUGGAACGAACCGGCGAAACAUGCGGCGGCGGGCGGCGGACUACCGGCGCCCGGUUAGAAGGAGGUUCUCGUAUUGGAUCUGGGUGCUUCUUGGGCUAUUCGCUUUUGCUGGAUUUGCUUUGUUUGUUGUUCAUCAUAAUCAUCAGCACGACGAUCGAAUCGAACAGCCCAUACAGGAGAAACAAGACAUACACGAACACAUUACCCAUGCACAUUCAAAUUUUACUGAAGAUAUGUUGAGUGCUAAAUCAUAUGCCAGGCAAUUAGCAGAACAAAUGACACUUGCAAAAGCUUAUGUUAUUAUUGCGAAGGAGCACAAUAACCUUCACCUUGCUUGGGAGCUCAGUUCAAAGAUCAGAAGUUGCCAGCUUUUGCUCUCAAAGGCUGCCAUGAGGGAGGAGCUCAUCACACUAGAGGAAGCAGAAUCUAUCAUUAAAAGCCUCUCAUCUCUAAUCUUUAAGGCAAAAGAUGCCCAUUAUGACAUUGCUACCACAAUAAUGACAAUGAAAUCUCAUAUUCAAGCCCUUGAAGAGCGUGCAAGUGCAGCAUCAGUUCAAAGUACGGUGUUUGGACAAUUGGCUGCUGAAGCAUUGCCUAAAAAUCUCCACUGCCUAAAUAUUAAACUCAUGGCUGAUUGGCUUACAAAGAAGUCCCUCCAAGAGCUCGCAGACGAGAAGAGCAACUCUCCCCGACUUGUGGACAACAAUCUGUACCACUUCUGCAUAUUUUCAGAUAAUCUGCUGGCUGUUUCGGUUGUCAUCAACUCCACCAUCUCCAAUGCCGACCAUCCAAAGCAGCUUGUUUUCCACAUUGUUACAAAUGGAGUCAACUAUGGGGCAAUGCAGGCUUGGUUUCUGACGAAUGACUUCAGAGGAUGCACAAUAGAAGUUCAGAACAUUGAGAAUUUUACUUGGCUAAAUGGUUCUUACUCUCCUGUUGCAAAACAGCUACUUGAAAUGGAUUCUCGGGCGUUCUAUUUUGGAGGGUCUCAAGAUAUGAAAGUUGAGCCAAAAUUUCGGCAUCCAAAGUACCUAUAUUUGUUGAAUUAUCUUCGGUUUUACAUCCCAGAGAUCUGUCCCCAGCUGGAGAAGGUUGUUUUUCUUGAUGAUGAUGUUGUUGUCCAGAAGGAUCUCACCCCUCUUUUUUCACUGGAUUUACAUGGAAACGUGAAUGGAGCUGUGGAAACUUGUCUUGAAGCAUUUCAUCGUUAUUACAAGUAUCUCAACUUCUCAAAUCCAACCAUUAGUUCGAAGUUUGACCCGCAGGCUUGCGGCUGGGCAUUUGGUAUGAAUGUUUUUGAUUUGAUUGCAUGGAGGAAAGCAAAUGUGACUGCACGGUAUCAUUACUGGCAGGAAAGGAAUGCCGAUAGGUCACUCUGGAAGCUGGGCACACUUCCUCCGGGCCUCUUAGCUUUUUAUGGACUGACAGAGCCUCUUGAUCGGAGAUGGCAUGUAUUAGGACUGGGUUAUGACCUGAAUAUUGACAGCCGUCUGAUUGAGAGUGCAGCUGUCAUUCACUUCAAUGGGAACAUGAAGCCGUGGCUGAAGUUGGCUAUUGGCAGGUAUAAACCUCUAUGGGAACGGUAUGUGAAUCAGAGUCAUCCAUAUAUCCAAGGUUGUGUUACAAGUUGAUACUUUUUGACUGUGGGUAAUUUUAUGCAUUCUUCAACAUUUUUACAAUUUCUCGAAGCUAUACUAUAGAGUUAGCAGUAGAAAAUUUUGAUGCUAGGAGUUUCUCCUUUUCUCUUUCAUCUUUCCAUUUUAAAAUCUUGAAAGGAAACAUGAUUCUUAUAGACUAGGAAGCAAAAAUGUAUCAGGUAAAGGUGUGUGGGGGGAUUUGUUUUUGGUUUAUCCCCAUUUUGCAAGCUAUAGAAUUGUUUGUUUUGUAGCAACUCUUGUAAUAAUCUCUCAGCUCUUUUGGAUUACAAUGUAGUUGAAGCGAAAUAUUGUUUUCUUUCCUUUUUAUUUCUAUUUAUAUAUAUAUUUUUUCCCCAUUACCUAAA